AGUAAACAUUAUGUAAGUACCUACCUAUAGUAUGUACACGAAACACGGUUUAGCUACUUAUUAACUUUACCCAUUCUUUCACGAAUAAAUAAACGGUGGCUGCCGAAAACAAGGCCAUGAUCAAUAUUUGUGCAGAUGAUCAAAUUAGUUCAGUUAAAGCCGUGACGUGCCGAUGGUAAAACGUGGGGAGAGCCAUAGCCCGGGGAAAGUGUUCGACGUAUUUAGUCGCCAGUGUCUGUUUCGUGGAAAAAACAUGUUACUUUUAAAAGUUAGUGGAAGUUUUGUAAAAUGAAAACCGUGCUUGUGGUCUUUCUGCUGUUUGCGACGCAGAAUGCAUCAGCGUCGUUCUUUGACGAUUUCCACAACGCGAUGCAGUCAUUGAAGAACAGCUUUAACAAAAUACUUUCAAACGUUAUAUCAGAAGUUAAACACACGUUGGACUGUACUGUUCUAACUGUGGAACAUGUUUUAGCGCUGAACGAAGCGGGAGAAGCGGAGUAUCGAAGGAACUGUCAACAGAAAGCGACACCAGCUCAUCAUUACAUACAGCAUAAUAAGCACGGAAGCCAUCACAGUCACAGUACACAAAAAAUACCCCGUCCACAUAAAUCCAGACAUACGUCAGUCGUCGUCGAAAAAGAAGCAAGUAAAGAAGAAGUAAAGAAGGAAGUAAGAAAAUCUAUUGAUGACACUAUCUGUGAUUCACUUCAUCAUGAGGAAACUAAGCUAGAUUUAGAAAGCUUAAAAGAAAUACUAACGCAGAAACACGACCGCCUCAGUGAUGUUAACGCCAUACUUAGGGAAGAGCUUGAUAAAAUAUCUGGGGAAAUGAAAAGAAAAUAUGUGAAACAUUUAGCCAGUAAGACUGCUAAGCCUUCCGUGGACUCGGUCUAUGAUGAGAUAGUAACUUUGCAAAAGGUAGAAGAAAACGACAAAAACCAAACAGAGAUUGCAGAAAUCGAUCAUGUGUUUGAUGAAAUAAGACUAAUGCUAGACAUGGCAAAAAAUGGUGAACUAAUUCCCGAAAUACAUGAACUUCACAGGACUAGAAAAUCUUCAGACACUGAUGAAUCCUUUGAUGAAACUGAAGUUGGACACGAUUAUGUUGACGACAAGAUCACUUAUUCAGUCACGGAAUCACCAGCACCAGAUGAGUUCACUUUUGAGUUAACUCUACAUGAUAGCCCGAUAUCCACCACAAGUAAACCUGAAAACAAAGCAGAGAUGACAAAUUAUACAGCCACAGGGACAUAUGAAAACGUAAAUAAAACUCAUGUAACAUCAACUAUGUCAGCUCCGAUUAUAGCAGCUUCAACUUUGUCAACAGAAUCUAUUAAAACAAACAACAUCGAUUACAAUUUAGAAACGACGACACUUUUUUAUAAUGAUACCGAAACAAUGACCACGGAUGGUACUAAAAAGUAUAUUGAUGACAACAACAUAGGAACAGUGACCACAAAACAUGGAACUUUAAAUACAACUGAAGUACCUUCAGUGUCAUAUGAAGUAUCUUCAAUUUAUAGAAACUGCACUGAAUCUAGUGCUACAGUGAUUAUAGAUUCGGAGCCCGUUGAAAUUGGUUGUGAUAAUAACACAAUAAUAGAUAUAUUUGAAAUUACUUUGGAUCCAAGCUAUACUGAAAGGUUACAAAAACCAUCAAACAAUAAUUAUAUUUCUAACCUGAAGUUAGUAAAAGAAAAUAAUGCCACUAGUAAAACAAACAUUGAGAAAGCUACUAUUGCUACUAAAGUACUAGACAUAGAUGAUUCUCAUAAUGACAUUAGUGAAAAAAAUAUAGAUGAAACUACUCUUGCUACUACAGAAUCUCACAUACAUAAUUUUCAUAAAGCGACUACAGACAAAAACAAAGAUAAUGCUCCUUAUGCUACUACAAUAACAGAGAUUGAUGAUUAUCAUAAUGCCAGUACUGGAAGAAAUGUAGAGGAUGCUACAAUUGAAACGAACUUUGAGGAAGCUACUAUUGCUACUACAGUUUCAGACAAUGAUGAUCGUCAUAAUGCUAAUACUGGAACAAUGAUAAAGGAAACUUAUUAUGCUACUACAGUAUCAAACAUAAAUGAAUCUCAGAAUGGCACUACAGAAACAAACAUUCAGAAAACUACUAUUGGUAAUACAGUCUCUAACAUUGUUGAUUCUCAUAAUAGUAUUAAUAGAACAAUCACUGGGGAAGCCAAUAUUUCUAUUACAGUAGCAAGCAUUGAGAGAGCUACUAUUGCUACUUCGAUUUCAGACACUGCUGAUUCUCGUAAUACAACUACUGAGACAAACAUUGAGGAAGUUACUAUUUCUACUACACUAUUCAGCACUGAAGAUGCCACUAUAGCUUCUACAGAAUCUGAUAUUGGUGAUUCUCAUAAUACUACUACUGAAACAAAUAAAGAGGAAGCUAAUUUUGCGACAACAGCUACAAAAAUUGAUGAAUCUCAGAAUGUCACUACUGAAAAAAACAUUGAGAAACCUACUAUUUCGACUACAGUAGCAAGCAUUGAAGAAGCUAUUAUUACUACCACAGUUUCAGACAUUGCUGAUUCUCAUAAUGCUACUAGUGGAACAAUGAUAGAGGAAGCAUAUUUUGCGACUACAGUAUCAAACAUUAAUGAAUCUCAGAAUGGCACUACAGAAACAAACAUUGAAGAAACUACUAUUGCUGCUACAGUAUCAGACAUAGAUGAUUCUCAGAAUGUCAUUACUGAAAAAAACAUUGAAGAAACUACUUUUUAUACUACAGUGGCAAGCAUUGAGGAUGCUACUAUAGAUAUUACAGUUUCAGACAUUGAUGAUUCUCAUAAUGCUACUACUGGAACAACCAUUUAUGAAGCUACUAAAAUACCAAACAUUGAUGUGUCUGAUAAUGCCACUACUAAAACAAAUAAUAAGGAAGAGAGUUCAGCUACUACAAUAUCAAAGAAUGAAUCUAAUGAUGCGACUGCUAAAACAAACAUUGAGAAAGCUACUAUUGCUAUUACUGCAUCAGACAUGGUUGAGUCGCAGAAUGCCACUAAUGAAACAAAAAUUGAGGAAGUUAAUAUUUCUACUAAAGUAUUGAGCAUUGAAGAUUUCACUAUUGCUACUACAAAAUCUGACAUUGAUGAUUCUCAUGAUGCUACUACUGAAACAAAUAAAGAAGAAGCUUCGAUUGCUACUAUAUCAUCAAACAUUGAUAUAUCUCAGAAUGUCACUACUGAAAAAAACAUUGAGAAAGGUUCUUUUUCUAUUACAGUAGCAAGCAUUGAGGAAGCUACUAUUGCUUCUACAGUUUCAGACAUAGAUAAUUCUUAUAACAGUACUAAUAGAACAAACACCGAGGAAGCCAAUAUUUCUUCAACAGUAGCAAGCAUUGACAGUCCAACUAUUGUUGCUACGAUUUCAGACAUUGAUGAUUCUCAUAAUACAACUACUGGGACAAUAAUUGAGGAAGCUGCAACGAUACCAAACAUUGAUGAGUCUGAUAAUUCCACUACUAAAACAAACACUGAGAAAGUUACUAUUGCUACCACAGUACCAGACAUUGAUGAAUCACAUGAUGCUACUACUGAAAAAAAUAUAAAUGAAGCUACUCUUGCUUCUACUGUAUUUUACAUUGAUAAUUUUCAUAAUGUCACUACAGAAACCAACAAAGAAAAUACUACUAUUGCUACUACAGUAUCAGACAUUGUCAAUUCUCAUGAUGCCACUACUGAAAAUAACAUCGAAGAAGAUAAUAUUUCUACUACAGUAUUGAGCAUUGAAGAUGCUACUAAUGCUACUACAGAAUCAUACAUUGAUGAUUUUCAUAAUGCCACUACUGCAACAAUUAUUGAAGUAGCAGAUUUUUAUACUACAGAAACCAACACUAAGGAGUUUUCUUUUGCUACUGCAGUAUCAAACAUUGAUAAAUUUCAUAAUCCCACAACUGAACCGAACUUUGAGGGAGUUACUAUUGCCACUAGAGUAUCAGACGUUGAUGAUUCUUAUAAGGUCACUACUAAAAGAAAUAAAGAGGAAACUACUCUUGCUACUACAGUGUCAGACAUUAAUGAUCCUCAUCAUAGUACCACCGAUGGAAUAAACACUGAGGAAACAAAUGUUUCUACUAGAUUGGCAAAAAUUUAUAGACCCUCUAUUGCUACUCCGAUUUCAGACAUUGAUGAUUCUUAUAUUGGCACUACUGAAACAAACAUAGAUAUUUCUAUUGCAGUAUCAAACAUUGAUGAUCCCCAUAAUACUACUACUGAAAAAAAUAUAGAUGCAGCCAUUCUUGCUACUAAAAUAUAUCACAUUGAUAAUUUUAACAAUGGCACUACAGAAACAAACAAAGAUAAAGCUACACACACAAUAUCAGAGAUAGAUGAUUCUUAUAAUGCCACUACUGCAACAAUCCUUGAACAAGCUUAUUUUUCUACUACAGUAUCAAACAUUGAGGAAGCUAAUAUUGCUGCUACAGUAUCAAAUAUUAACAAAUCUCAUAUUACAAGUACUGGAACAAACAUUGAGAGAGCUACUAUUUCUUCUGCAUUAUCGAACAAGAAGAAAGAUACUAUUGUUACAACAAUAUCAAACUUUGAUGGAUUUCAUAAUUCCAAAACUGAACCGAACUUUGAGGAAGCUACUAUUGCUACUACAGUUUCAGAAAUUUAUGAACUUCAAAAUAGUACUAAUAGAAUACACACUGAGGAAGCCAAUAUUACUACCACAGCACCAAGCAUUGAUAGAGCUACUAUUCCUAAUACAGUUUCAGACAUUGAUGGUUUUCAUAAUACCACUACUGAAUCAAAUAUUGAGGAAGCUACUAUUGAGACUAAAGCAUCCAAUAUUGAUGAUUCUUAUAAUGCUACUACUAAAACCAUAAAAGAGGAAGCUACUACUAUUGCUAUGUCAGCAUUAAACACGGAUAAAUCUCAGGAUGCCAGUGCUGAAACCAACAUUUUGGAAGCUAAUAUUUCUACUACAGUAUCAGAGAUUGAUGAUUUUCUUAAUGCCACUACUGCAACAAACAUGGAAGAAGCUUAUACAGGAUCAAAUACAACUAAAGCGAACAUAGUCGAAGUUAACAGUGAUGUAAUUGAAGCUACUUCCAGGCCAAGCUUUAUUGAAGAUACUACUGAACCACACUAUAUUAAACUUCUUGAUAAGAAAGGUGAUAUUGACGUUACUACACAGACAGCAUUAAAUAAUAUUACCGCUGAAGUAAACAAAAAGAAAGUUGCUGUAGAGCAGGAUGUGAGUCAAUUUACCAUUGUAAACGAUACUGCUAAGGAUACAAUUGGUACUACUGAAUCAAUUGUACAUCUUUCAUCAAUUACAAAUACAGGUGCUAGUGAAGUAAAAUUUGCUAAUGAAUAUAACCACGAUGAAAUUUCCAACAAAACAAACGUCGGAUAUAUUACCACUGGGUCCCAUUUAAAGGAAAUAUUCACAGACUCACAUAUUUUAGCUGAAGAAAAAAAUGCUGCCCAACUCAUAAAUAAAGCGCAUAGUUUACCGAACCGAAAAAAAUAUGACGAAGAUGAUCAUCAUGUGCGGAAACAAUUUAUGGAGACAUCCACGAUAGGAAACAAAAUUAAUACUAAUGUAACCCAGCAUGGAAACACAUUUCAGCCAGAUCAAGCUACGAAAGUACACAAUAAUUUGAAUCAUACACUAGCAGAAACUGCUGCAGCAAAGCCGCCACACACAGUUAAAAUCGUAAAGCAUAAAAUACCAAUAUAUCCGCAUAUUACAGAUAAUAACAGUAACUUUACUAAACAUGUUCCAGUAACUUCUCCAACAAGUAAACUUCCAACGCUUAUAGAAGUAUCGAUAAACAAUGAAAAAUCUACUUUGAAGCCGCCUGAAAGUUCACAAAUACUACGACCACAUAGACGAAAAUUACAAACUUCCAAUAAUAAUGGCACUAGAAGAACUAGACCUGGGAAACGCAGGAAACAUAAACACACAACUACAGACAUGCCACAAUCACAAAUUCAAGCUAUCAAUAUGAACAAAACAAAUCAUAGACAAAAUGUCGACAUUAGUGCUAGUAAGUCUGCAACAAGACUAACAGAUAGAGAACCAUCUCAUUCUAGACCAAAACUGAUAAAACCACCUUCCACAACUCCAAAAGCAUCACCAUUAGUUGAAGAGACUUUAGUCCAUUCAGAUAAUGUUCCGAAACUUAACUUACCGAAUCGAAAUAAUGGUCAAUUUAUAGACAUUCCAAUACGACAACCAACGACACUAACUCGACCCCAUACCUCACAGUUUAAACAAACACUAGUGACUACAAAACAUCCUAAGCUUGAAACUGUCACUAUAUCCCCAGAUCUGGCUUCAUUAUUUCACGAAGAUUAUAGGAAACCUAUUCAACCUCAAUUAGAUGAAGAUACACAGAAAUUGUUAAAGAGAUACAAAUAUUCGCAAGUCAUUAUAAAUUCCCUUUUCAAUAAUCCAAUUAACCACCCUCAUACGAUACCCCUGUCUGAUUUGUUCAAGUAAUUAAGGAAAACUUGAUAACCUAAAAUAUAUUAAGUUCUUGUUUUAGUUAGUAAAGUUAAGUUUAAUUAAGAAAGAUAGCCUAGUUAAAAUGAGAUUAUUUUAUAUUUUGAAUAAACUGUUGUAUUUACCUACC